AUGCACAUACUUUACAAGCUGGCACUAGCCUUGCCAUUGAUUGGCAUCGUCCAGGGCCUGGUCGCCGAGAGUCGCCAGAUCGGUCCCGGCAAGCCGCCCGGCGGCCCGCAGCACGUGCGCGUCGUCGGCAUCAGCGUGCUCGGCACCGGCUGCCCCAAAGGCACGGCCGACGUGCAGGUCGAUGCCACGGGCACGCUCUUUGAGGUGACGUUCUCCGCCUACGAGGUGCAGACGGGGCCGGACACGAAGCCGGCCGAUUGGCGCAAGAACUGCAAGCUCACCAUCAACAUGGAGUUCACGCCUGGUUUCCAAUUCUCCAUUGUUGAUACGGACAUGUAUGGCUUUGCCGAGAUUCCUGCCAAGGUGAAUGGUGUGUGCGUCAAUACGUACUCGUUCACUGGUGGCGGAUCGGAGCACGUCGACUUUAAGCUGCCGCUCAACGGCCCGUACAGCGGCAACUUUGACCUCCAUUCGAACCCGGGCAUUUCUUCCUUCUCGCCGUGCGGUGGAAGCACCGCCAUCCUCAAUAUGAACACGGCGUGCUCCAUCACCCCGACGACUCUGCCAGCGCUGAUUGCGGUUGAUCACAUCAGUGGCGUUUUAACGGUCAAGUUUCAUUUGGAGUGGCGCCCGUGCCCGUAG